AUUGCAGGUCAAAGGGUCAAACGCGAAAGAGUUAAAAGAGGAGGUGAGAUGGAGGACGACGAAAGAGGAAAAUGACGGAAGCUUGGAUUCGGGCUCUAGUGGAGGCCAUUCACGCUAGUCCUACACAGGCUGUACUAUAUCUCGCUGGUGGCGCAUCUCAGGUUCUUGGCUGGUUAAUUUCAGUGCCUGGAGCCUCAAAUACAGUGCUCGAAACGGUGGUUCCGUACUCCAGAAUGUCCAUGAUUCAAUUACUCAAUAAGAUUCCAACUCAGUUUUGUAGCCAGCAAACAGCAGAGGAAAUGGCUUUACUGGCAUACAAUCGCGCGCUUAAGCUCUCUAGCCCAGGUUCUCCAGUUCUUGGUGUGGGCUUUACUGGCUCUUUGGUUAGCACUCGUCCAAAGCUUGGAGACCACAGGUUGUACUUCUCAACAAGAACAUCUGACCGACUUUGGGUAUCUACAGUUACCUUGUCAAAGGGUCUGCGAACACGGGAGCAAGAAGACACUGUUUCAAGUCAACUAUUACUGAAGGCCAUUGCAAAUGCGUGCAAGAUCCCAGCAAAAUUUGAUUCUGAGUUGACUGGAUCUGACUUGGCUGAUGAAUUUGAAAGGCAGUUCAAUGAAGAUCAGGAAUUACAACAAAUUAUAAAUGGGGAAAUAUGCUUUAAAAUUUAUCCAUUUUCUGGUGGAGCACACACAUCAAAGGAAGAGAGGAAGAUAAUACUCUCGGGUUCUUUUAAUCCAUUGCAUGAUGGCCAUCUCAAGCUCUUGGAAGUUGCUUUAAGCAUUUGUGGCCAUGGAUAUCCAUGUUUCGAGUUAUCUGCUAUCAAUGCUGACAAACCUCCAUUAUCUAUAUCACAAAUCAAAGAUCGUGUAAAGCAGUUUGAAAAAGUUGGGAAGACCAUAAUCAUUUCCAAUCAGCCUUAUUUUUAUAAGAAAGCCGAACUUUUCCCUGGCAGUGCUUUUGUGAUUGGUGCCGACACAGUAGCGAGGCUUAUUAAUCCAAAAUAUUAUAAUGGGUCCCAUGAAGAGAUGUUAAGAAUUCUCAGUGAUUGCAAAAGAACAGGGUGCACAUUUCUUGUGGGUGGCCGGAAUGUAGAUGGUGCUUUUAAGGUUCUUGAAGAUUUUGACAUCCCAGAGGUGCUACGUGACAUGUUUAUCCCCAUUCCAGCUGAAAGCUUUCGCAUGGAUAUAUCCUCCACAGAAAUGAGAAAAAGCCGUCAAGUUUGAACAUUUGAGGGGUAAACAUGGCAUGGUUUUUCAUUGUUAAUAUGAACUAUGAAGCAUAAAAAUAAGUAUGAUCAUGGAAGUCCCUCUUAUUGUUUAUGCUAUACAGAUCAGUAUCCAAAUCUACUAUAUACUAUUCUCGUUAGCGAGCAUGCUACUCCGUAUUCUCCAGUAAAUAAGCAUAGAUAGAAAUUGUUCGAGUACACAUGGAUUGUGCUGAUCAUGUGGUGAUGAUUU